CAACCUACCGCCGUGACCAAAUCCUCCCUCUUCACCACCACCAACUCUCCUCUAUUACGCCUAACAUCACCACCUAUUCAGCUGUGUUUUGAUCAUUCAUAUUUCAAUUGGGAGAUGGCGGCUUAUGGUGCUGCGGUUUCUCUCAAGAAUACCAUUCAGAGUCUUCUACAAUCGUCUCGCCUUUCGCUGGAUCCUGCCUCUUCAGAAAUCUUACAACAGGUGUACGACGCCAUGGCCAGCUUAAUGCAGGACGUUCUGCUAAACUUGGACGACACCGGCUAUAGCAAGAUCAGGACGGAGGUGAAUGCUUUGGAUGAACAAAUCAAAGAGGUCGUAUGGGAAUUCGAAGAUCUACUAGAAUCCCAUAUCUACGAUCAGAUUCUUCCACAACUUGAAAGCUCGCCGGGAGGUGAAAGGGAUCACUUGUUUUUGUUUGUAGAUCUUCGGAGUCUGGUAGAGCAUGUUAAUUCUUUCAUGGUGGUGGUGACGUUGAUGCAGUUGAACUACGAUAUUGAACUGAUGAAUAUGCCGGAAGAAGAAGGUGAACCUAUUCCCUCAAGAAUUGAUUUUGGUGGAAUCAAUUCAAAGAUGGUUGGUUUAUCAGAUCAAUUUGAACAGGUCCGAGAUGAUCUAUUCAACGAUGAAGGGGAAUUGUUAUUAGUUACUGGGAUGGCAGGGGUUGGAAAGACCACUCUUGUUAAGAAAGUAUUUGAUGAUCCAUCGAUUCAGAGACAUUUCGAGCAUCGAGCAUGGGUCAAAGUGGGCAGAAAAUGUGAAUUGAAUGAAACACUACGAUGCAUUCUAGCUCAAGUGGAUCCCAACACUCACCAUCAAAUGCUUACACAAGGAGAUGACGAUGAUGAUAAAUUAAUUGGACUCUUGGGAGAGAGGUUAAAGGAGAAAAAGUGCCUCAUUGUUUUGGAUGAUGUUUGGGAUAUAUUUCUUCCAAUACAAGUAAGAGCUUACUUGCCAAAAGAAAGUGUUCGAUUGUUGCUUACAAGCAGGAUAAGAAGUGUUAAACCAUCUCUGACUCAAGUAGUACGCAUGUUGAAUAAAGAAGAAAGUAAGAAAUUACUUGGUGAGAAGGUGUUUGGUGAAAAGAUAUUUGGUGAAAAGGGUUUCCCUCCGAACCUUGAGGAAUUGGGAGAGAAGAUUGCCAAAAAAUGCGAAGGUCUUCCACUUUUGAUAGUCACAGUUGCAGAGCUAUUAUCAAAAGAAGAAAAGACCCAAGAGUACUGGGCAGAAGUAGCUGAAACACAACAUAAUUCAAUUUUCGUGGAUGCGUACGAUCAAAUAUCGGAGGUACUUUUCCCAAGCUAUGACUACUUACCUCAACAUUUAAAAAUGUUAUUUCUCUAUUUGGGAGCUUUCCCUCCUUAUUGUGAUAUUGACGCACACACCCUCCUCGAUCGGAUAAUUGCUGAAGGAUUUCUUGAACGGAUGGGAAAUAAAACAUGGGAAGAUUUUAUGAUAGAAUGGAUGGCAGAUCUUGUUGAAAAUCAUAAUCUUUUAUUAUUCGAAUUCAAACGAGGAUCUUGGUUUUCUAAGAAAAUGUUGCGCGUGCAUUCUUGUUGGCAGCAUGUGUGUAAGAAAGAAGCUAGUAAAAUCAAGUUUUUACAUGUUUUACAAAGUUGUGAUGAUGUUUUGAAAGAUCAACGUCGACUGUGUGCCCAUUUCAACCCUUUAUUUGCCUUCAAAGAAGUGUAUGAUUCUAUAAAUAGAGAUUGUGCAUCCACUGUCCGUUCACUCCUUUGUUUGGGUCCUUACGACAAAUAUCCGAUCCCAAUACAUGCAAUGCAUUUCAAACUUCUCAGGGUGCUUGAUGUUGAUAGGCCCCGAUUUUACCAUAUCCCUCUUGAAAUUAUGAAAUUAGUUUGUCUAAAGUAUAUUGCCUUAACUUGCAACAAAGAGAUCCCUAUUUCUAUAUCCAACCUUUUUCAACUCCAGUUCCUUAUUGUCAAUCGAUAUAUGAUCAUUAAAAAGCGUGGAGCUCUGUCAUAUAUGCCGAUGGAAAUAUGGGACAUGCAAGAACUACAACAUAUUCAGGUCAUGGGAAGAGACCUACCAAUCCCUGAUUAUAAUGUUACUUUGGACAAACUCUCUAGUCUUUUUGGUGUGAGCGUGAAGAGUUGCUCUAGAGAAAUUCUCAAAAGAAUCCCUAAUUUAAAGGAAUUAUCUAUUCUGGCGGAAUGGAAGCCUUAUGAUGAUAAUGAUAGCAACCCAUUGACUAACUUGGGUUAUAUCUCAGAAGAGCUCCAUAAUUUGGAGAGCCUUAGUUACCGUGUAGUGAACCCUGAAAUGAAGUAUGAGUCUACGGUUCCUCUUUCAAUGUUCCCAUCAAGUUUGACAAAGUUGGAGUUGAAUGGCUCAGGGUGUCAAUGGAAGCACAUGAAUGACAUUGGUUCACGGUUACCAAAUCUUAUAACACUCUAUUUACAACACUACGCUUUUCGCGGCCCAGAGUGGGAUAUAGAAUCAGGGUGUUUUCUGAAACUCGAAACACUCGUAAUUGCAGACACAGAUUUAGUGCGACUGAGACCUCAACAUGGAAGCCUCCCGAUGCUCGACCUCCUAAGCAUACGGCAUUGUUACAAAUUAAAGCAACUCGAAUGGACGCGCGAUCCCUCAAUGAUCAAAACUACAAUUGAAUUAGUUGAGUGCAAUCCUUUAGUAGUCGCUUCUGCCAAGCAAUUGAGGCCGGAAUCUCUCUUUACAGUUCGUUGCCACUCUUCAUUUUGAGAUGAGUAGUUGUAGCUAGACUCUCAACUUGGACAACGGACAAUUGAGAGAGCAAAAGGGGCCAGACGCUGUAUUAUUCCAUCAUUUCGAUAGUAGUAUUACCAUGAUGAAUGCUGAUCUAUGUUUGUGUCCGAAACAAUUGUCACUUAGAUUUGUGUAUUAUUUUACAUGCAUUUUCCCUUGUUCAAGUAUUUUAUAUAACCUCUGUGCAUCAUGCAUGAUUUUCACUUUUAUUAAUUUAUACUAUGUUG